CGCGGCGGCGGGCAGGUUGCUGUUGUUACAUAGGAAACAGCUGAAGAGUCCCCACAUGACGGAGGGGGAAGGAGGAAGUGGGGCGACCCGCGGGGCGACGCCGACGCUCCGGUAGCCGCGGGGGGCUUCGGCGCUCGGGCGGCACCGGCCGGGAACGGGAGCGGGGGAACGGGAGCGCCCCGCCGCGGGGCUGGCGCCGGGCAUGAACGGCUUCGCCCCCGAGGAGGUGACCCCGCGGGGGGCCGACCCCGCCGCCGCCGCCGCCGCCCCGCUGGCUGGUGCCGGUGCCGCCGCGGGCUCGGCGGGCGCUGCCGGUGCCGGCGGCCCCGGGGCCGGGCAGCUGUGCUGCCUGCGGGAGGAGGGCGAGCGCUGCGGCCGCGCCGCCGGCAACGCCAGCUUCAGCAAGCGGAUCCAGAAGAGCAUCUCGCAGAAGAAGGUCAAGAUCGAGCUGGACAAGAGCGCGAGACAUCUUUAUAUCUGUGACUUCCACAAAAACUUAAUUCAGAGCGUGAGGAAUAGAAGAAAGAGGAAAGGCAGUGAUGAUGAUGGUGACUCACCAGUGCAAGACAUCGACACUCCAGAGGUUGAUUUAUAUCAGUUACAAGUAAACACACUUCGAAGGUACAAAAGACACUUCAAGCUACAGACCAGACCAGGACUUAACAAAGCACAGCUUGUUGAAAUAAUUGGCUGCCAUUUUAGGACAAUUCCAGUGAAUGAAAAGGACACCUUAACAUAUUUCAUCUACUCAGUGAAGAAUGACAAGAACAAACCAGAUCUAAAGAUGGAUAGUGGUGUUCACUAGACAGAAAAGGUUGGGACUGAGACUCAAGCUGCAAAUCAAAAGACUGAGGGUUUUUGUUGAUAUGCAAAAGCUUUCUUUGUAACUUUUUCCUCCCCAGAGUUUCUUUGUUUUAUUUUUCAUAACCUUGCUGAUUUGUUUGAAAACCAUCUCUUAUGAAACAAACUUCCUCAGCAAACUAUUUUAAAUAAAUAUCACUGAUACUGUUGCUCAA